AUGUCUUUAAAGCGUAUUAACAAGGAGUUGCUCGACUUGGGAAGAGACCCCCCAUCUUCAUGCUCCGCUGGUCCAGUCGGCGAUGAUUUGUAUCAUUGGCAAGCAUCUAUCAUGGGUCCUCCAGACUCCCCAUAUGCUGGAGGUGUGUUCUUCCUUUCGAUUCACUUCCCCACUGACUACCCAUUUAAGCCUCCAAAGAUCAACUUCACCACCAAGAUCUACCACCCUAACAUCAACGCAACUGGUUCUAUCUGUCUAGAUAUUUUGAAGGAUCAGUGGUCUCCUGCCCUUACCAUCUCUAAGGUGCUUUUGUCCAUUUGCUCCUUGUUGACUGACGCCAACCCCGAUGACCCAUUGGUCCCUGAGAUUGCUCACGUUUACAAGUCUGACAGACCUAAGUAUGAGGCCACUGCUAGAGAGUGGACCAAGAACGAAUAUCAGUUCGUGAUUGUCUCGCAUAUCCUCAAACAAGACAACUUCGAGCUCUGGACGCAAUUUCUUGAGGGUAACUGUGUUUUACAUAUCACAAAGUCUGACCAGAAAGGUUCGGAUGAUGAAGAUUCGGUCGAGGACGGUACUAGGCCCAUGAUCAAUCUUGCUUUCCACAUGAGAUACAUUCUCUGGGAGAAGGCCAUCGAUUACUUUUACGAGGACAGUCUAAAGGGCACUGACCAUUCACUCAAAAGCCAGAGAGACGAGUCUGGUACUACGUAUGACUUGAUCGACGGUCUAGAUGAGGUUCCGGUUCAAGGCGGUCAGCAAGUGGAAAACGAAUCUGCUGCCUCAAAGCCUGUGAGAGAGGAAGAAGAAGACUACGACGAUGACGACGACGAUGACGAUGAUGAAGACAAAAAUAAUGGCCAAGCCAAGCAGGAUGAACAGGACAAGAUUGAGAAUGGACAGCUUCAGUACGAAGACGGACAUGUCAAGGUGGAAAUCCUGUCAAGCGAAUUUGUCACUAAGUCAACGCCACCCCCAGAGCCAAAUAACACAGAUCUCGAAGAUGCUUCGACAGAGGGAGCUGAGUUCCCCGCUAAUGCUCCAACAAUGAAUCUCGAAGACCAAGAAGCACUUGUGAAAGAAUUCAACAAGGUGUAUCACAAUUUUGAAUACGACAAAGAAACCCUCAUCAAGCGCAGGAAGCUUGAGAAAUCGGACAUGCAAAUAGAAUCUCAGAAGCCUGCUGGUGACGACCCCACAAACCAGAUACCGAUCAAUUUGGGUUCUGCGUCACAUUCGCUACAACAUCUUUUGGGUGUUAUUCAGGAUCGCCGUGAUGAUGUGAGUUUGACCGACCAUGAUCUUAAAAAGUUAUUCAUGGAUGUGCGUAAAAACAGGGGCAAAUGGGCUAAUGACGAACGCAUUGGACAAGAGGAGUUAUAUGAGGCUUGUGAAAAAGUUCUUCAAGACCUUCGUGGAUACACUGAACAUUCUACACCUUUCCUUAAUAAGGUUUCUAAAAGAGAAGCGCCCAACUAUGGUCUUAUUAUCAAAAAACCAAUGGAUUUGAAUACAGUUAUGAAAAAGCUCAAAAACCUUUCCUACAAUUCAAAGCAGGAGUUUGUGGACGACUUGAUGCUUAUAUGGAACAACUGUUUGACCUACAACGCAGACCCUAAACAUUAUCUCCGGGCACAUGCAAUCGCCAUGCAGAAGAGAACUCAGAAACAUAUUCCAACAAUACCUGACAUCACGAUAAGGAAUAGGUCGGAGGUAGAAAAAGAGGAGGAUCUCGAUUCUGAAGCGAAGGCUUCUACGCCAGCUUUAAAGGGCGGUAAGAAAGCUUCAAAAAAGGGGAGAAAAAGAAAGCGGGAAGAAAUCAUCAAAUCUGAGGAGGUCGAGGGUGUGAGUGACGCCCAGCUGUCAGAUAUUCCCUCCAAUCUGGAAACCCCGGCUCCGGUAUCGCAGCCAACCCCAACUGAAAAUGGGAAUAGCAUAAUGGAGGACAAUCCCGCGGAGGAAGAAGAAGAAGAAGCGGCUGAAGAAGCUGAUACCGAUAUACGCGAGAACGAAAACGAGGACGAACAAGAUCCAGAGCUUCAAUCAUGGAGGACACUAACGGCAAAGUCACGGGCUAACUAUUGUGCUUCUCGUGCUGCCCUUUUUGACAUUGAUGGGAAGCUUAAGCUUGAUGCUGAAGCCAUUCUUCGAGAAUCGAACAAAAUGAAAAAUUUUAAUCAAUUCCUAGACAACAAGGAAGUGGUUUCGAAGACAAAUAAACUUCUCGACAAUGACGAGCCUUAUCUUCUCGAAUACGAUGUUGCUGGAGGCAUUCCUGGAAUCAAAUACCCUGGCAUUGAUGACCAAGACCAGGACAGACUAGAAAAUGAAAUGGUUGAGCUGCUUUUACUGAAGGGCGAAGCUGAUAACCUUUCCUCGGGAUUGACCCUUCCAUUGGAAUCUGGUCUCAACGGCCUUUACCGUGGCAACAUCACAGAAAUUCAAGAGAUUCGAAAAAUUUGUUUCAAAAUCUCCUUGAUUCGGCAGAUGCAAACUCAGCAAUACAUGCACCGUACUCAGAUGCGUCAGCCAGAGAUAGAAUAUAUCAAGGAGGUCGAUGUUGACCCAGUUUCCAAAUUGCCGAAUCACAAUCUAGAUUCCCACGAUGUACAAUACGCUUCUCUUAGAAGAGGUGUCGCCAAAAUCGCAAUGCACACUGGGUUUGAGACAACUGAGCCUUUGGCUAUUAAUACUUUAACUCAAAUCGCUGAACGGUACAUGCUGAAUCUUGCGAAAUCAGUCAAAAUGCACUGCGAAUCCUCGUCGACGAACCAGUUGAGUGACAAGGCCAUUAUUCUCCUCAGUUUGCUCGAGAACGGUGUCGAAAGACCUGAUGAUCUAUACACAUUCGUCGUCGAAAAAGCAGUGAAACAAAAAGCCAAGCUCAAGGACUUGAGGCAGAAGCUUUCAGGAUUUGUGAAGGAGUUGUUGAGACCAAGUUUGCAAAAUCUUAGUGAACAGAACUUCGAAAAUAACAGCGAGCAAUUCAUGACUGGAGACUUUGCAAAUGAAAUAGGCGAUGAUUUCCUUGGUCUCAAGGAGCUUGGUUUGGAUAAGGAGUUCAACAUGUUGAGUUCCUCUAUUCCUACUUACUUGUUGCACUCUCGUUUGCAAAGCUCCCUUUCGAACACGGAUCAGGUCAAUAAGAGUACUAAGUAUGAGGAUUUGAAGGACUGGGUGCAGCCGAAGUUGACUCAAGCCGACGUCCCCAGCCAAGUCGGCGUUUUGCAGCCAUUCUACGAAGGGUUGGUGCAGAAGAGCGAAACGUUCCUCAUCAAGCAGCAGAAGAGAAAGGGCGAAAGCUCCGAGCUUCCACCACCCACAAAAUUAUACCUCAUCGAAGACGAGGAAUUACCACAAAAACAGAGAAACAUCCGUCCGCGUCUUCCACCUACUGGCAAGAUAUCGUCAGUCAAGAAAAAGCUACUCUCUCAAGCUUUCUUUUUGCCAGAUGAGAGUGUUUCGAUUGAGGGCGGAAAUGAGUCCUUCAGUGUCGAAAACGGUCUAGGAUUCGACGCUACUAUGAAGAUUCGUCCAGGUGACGGCCGUAGCAAGAAAAUCAAAAAUAACAUUCUCAAGAGAGAUGUGUUCGGAAGGACAGUGCUUCAUGCCACUGUACUCUGCGAUCAACCUGACUUGAUGAAUCAGGUGUUACGUUCACCGGAGGCAAAACUGAUAAUCUUGGCUACUGACUGUGAAAAUGGAUGGAACGUGCUUCAUUAUAUUCUAUACCACAAGCGGUUCCGUUGCCUUGCUGUACUCCAACAGUACUUGGACAGAACGCUGGUGGGCAACUCUUCGACACUUCACGAGCUAUUGAAGAAGAAGGACAGAUGUGGUAUCCCACCCCUUUUCUUGUUGCGAAACGAUAUCAAAGAUUUUGUGUGGAUUCCAACUUACAUCAAUGAACAUAACGAGUACCACUUGCAGUAUAGGUACCCAGAGCAUAACAGUGAAGAUGUUAACACUCAGAGAAUGAGACGUUCUUGGCAACUAGAUCACAUAAUGUGGAGUCCAAAGCGAGGUGCUUCAGAUAUGUACGUUAUGGGAUCUAAUGUGAACCAUUCUCUCGGCGUUGGCGAUUCCACCGACAGAUCUCUCCCUGUUAAGGUCCCGCAUAAAACUUUCCAACCCUCACAUUCAGAUAUUCAACUGUUCCUUAGAAAGCCACGCUAUCGUGACUUGAGAAUAUCAAAAUAUCAUUCUCUUGCUUUAACUACAGAUGGCCGUCUAUUCACUUGUGGGUUGGCGUCCAAAGGAAGGCUCGGCGUCGGGCAUUCAAAAAACAGCUUUUGUUUCUCGCAUGUGAGCCUUUUUGAAGAAGAAGACAGGUUAGUUUCUCAAGUUGCCGUAUCGACAGGUCACAACUUAGCGUUGACCACUUCUAACGAGGUUUACGGUUGGGGUCUGAACGAGUAUAACCAAUUGGGCUUUACGUCUUCCGAUAGCCAGCAGUAUAGAACGGGUUCGACCCGAGAAUUUCAGAAUGUGCCUCUUCUAAUUACCACUGGAGAGCUCCGAAAGAAUACAAACCCGAUAAUUGGCAUUGCUGCAAGCAAAAUCCACUCUGUGGCAUAUACCGAUGAUACAAUUUUUAUGUGGGGACUCAACAUUGGCCAGAUGGGAUUAGAGGCUGUUGGUGAGGAUGAUUACAGUCUCAACUUGCAUGGCACUAUAGUCAAGGGAAAAGUGAUUGAGCAGCCUAAAUCGGUGGCUUUCAAAGAAAAGGUACAACUUAUCGCCACCUGCGAGAAAUGCACUUGUAUUGUGACAGAUACCAACGAUCUCUUUGUUUUUUAUCAGCAUCACCGGUACAAACUCCAGAAACUUCCAACAAGAUCGGAGUUCGAUAAGUUCGACACAUAUAAGCCGUCGAGGUUGACGGUGGCUCCUAAGAUCCGGAAGAUUGCUAUGAAGUCUCCAGAGAAUGUAUUUCUUCUUCUCGAAAGUGGCGACGUGAUGUCUUUCGCAAUUCCGGCUAAGUUUGAUAUGAAGGCGGCUCGGAAUAUCAAGUUCCAAUACAUUUGGCGAGCAUUCGAUUCCAAUCUUCGAGCAGUUGAUAUCGAUAAUUCUUACGACGGAUCAAUUGUUCUUUGCACGAGAGAUGGUUCUGUCUUUACCAAGUUCACGUCAUCCUCGCAGUCUCAACGUCGCCCAUCGCUAACCUCCAAGACACCAUCGUUGGCGAUGACAUCCAAGAACAAGUUUCGGAAACUAGAAGGUGUUAACAGGGUUGUUAAGGUAAGCUGUGACGAUCAGUUUGUUUCAUUUGGCUUCAUGAGAGAUGAAACCGAUAUGCUACCUCUAAAGCUUCAAAAAAAUGAUUUUAAAAUGGACUUGAACUACUUGAGUGUUUUGAGUGAAGCUGACUCAUACCGCAAACAGGAUCAACUUCUUGACACAGAUCAUGACAUGAAUUGCUAUGUAUCUGAUUUCAUAUACCCGUCAUGUCCACGCAAAAGAAAUGAUGAACUCCAGUUCUUGGCCAGAUCUGAUGAUCACGAGGACGAUGAAAGCCUUGAAAAGGUGGGAACAAGCGACAGGCUUUAUCAAGGCUUUCUCCAGCACCAUAAUUAUUCUUCCCGGAAAAAGAUUCCAUCCGCAAGCCUGUACCAGGCUCCUGACAUCGACGAAAUUUCUAGGCUCAAUGAUGUACUUUCAUUAGAAACCGCAUUUAAUUCACUAGUGAAAGUGCAAGCCUCUUUUAACAAAUUUCAUGACGCCACGAUUGAAUUCCAGAGUUUGCCAAACAUUCGUUUGAAAUUCCAUUCCAACAUCUUGGCAUGCCGCUCGGAUUUCUUCGAAAGGCUCAUGUCUCAGGAAAACGGCGAGGAAUUCUUAGCUCAUGGCUUCAAAGGCAGCUAUGAUGUGACGAGACGACUGUUGACAUUCGAAUCUGAUGUCGAUGUUCGAGCCGCCGUGGUGUUUUUGCACUUCAUCUACACGAACAGUGUUUUGCGUUUCUGGGAUGGUUUUCCAUUGGGGUCAAAAUGCCCUCCGUCUGUGAAGAGAUCGAAAGAUCAUUUCGCAAUAUUGAUGGCGAUUUUUCAAAUGGACUCGCACUAUGGGAAAGAGGAGAAUUUCAUUGAGCUGUUCCAACGCUGUAUCAACCACGGACGUGGGGACUUGACGAUAAUUUUACUGGACGGUCAAGUGCGUUGCGAUUCUUCCAUCCUUGUAGCAAGGUCGGCUUUCUUCGAAACGUUUUUGUCAGAACGGUGGGAAACAAUCGCCAGUGAUGAUUCAGACAGCUCAUUUGAAGAAGAUCAGAAACAGGUUAACUUAGAGGGCAUCAACACAUUGCAAUUCGAGGUGAUACUACGCCAUAUAUAUGGCUGUGAUGAUCUAAGAGUAUUUGAUUGCGUAUAUGAUGUGGUUUCCUGUGAUGACGACAGCGACGAUUUCAUUAAUUUCUUGCUUGAUAUGAUAGAGAUCUCUGACGAGUUGCUUCUCAUCCAAUUGAAGCAUAUAUCUGAACUUGCUAUCAAAGACCUCAUCACAUACGAUAAUGUUCUUUUGCUACUCACCCAUUCAUCUUAUUUAUCGGCUUCAAAGUUGUUCAAGAGCUGUUGUUGGUGCAUUUUCAACAAUCUUGACAUACUCAUUUUUGAGACAGCAUUUCGAGAUCUUGACGAAGAAAUACUUGCUGCCUUAGAGAAGGAGAUGAGGUUUUUACAAUUGAUGAAACAGAAUGACUUUGUUGUUGGAGAUCUCGGAGAAGUUAACCUCAACUUGAUCAGAUCAUUGAAUGGUCCAUUAGUCGAUACCGAUUCGUUGUCAGACUUUUCAAACGCUUUUAAUGAUGUAUUUUUGACGGAUGAUCUGGCUUUCAAACCAAUUUUUGAUCAAUCACCCGAACCUCUUGGAGCGGAGGAGAAGAAACGCAGAUCCUCUUCGAGAAAGCUUUCGAGAAGGAGUAGUACUUUCGAACUCCCCAAAGAGCUUCAAAAUUUGAACAUCGGCAAGUCCUCGAGGAAAAUAAGCGACUCGGCAAUUGCUGAUGACAUCACCGGUGAAGAUGACUUCGAAAUGGUGACAUCAAGAAGACGUCGCAAGUCGAAGACGGGCUCAAAUACACAUCCAGUGUCUCAAAAUGAAACGAGCGAAGUUGAUUUGAGUAGGGGCCAAGUUUUUGGGUCCCUGAAAUCAGAAAGCUCAAGUCCGCCCCCACUGGGUGCUACUCUAGGUACUGGAUGGAGCGCUCGGGACGUGUCGACCAGUCCCAUUGAAACCACCCCAUUCGGGCCCACCCUCGGUGAUAAAAUAACUGGUAACAAGUCCAAAUCCAAAAUCAAGUUUUCUGGUAUCAAACCAUCACAGAAGCAGAGAAGGAAAAUUGGUGACUUAAACGCGGAUCAGAAGGUUACAGAGGACAUUGUUGCACCCACGCUUAAAAACCCGUGGAAGGCUGUUUCUCCCCCAGCUGCUCAAAUAGAUUCUGCAAGCAACAUGCCCGUGCUUGGCAGUGCAAAUUCCGAGGCGGGUAGCAGUUCCAGCUCCAUGACUGCCAUAAUGCUCGAGGAGUCGAUGAAGAUUGAAAGACAAAAGCAAUUUGAGGUCGAAAGAAAGUCACUUCAAGAAAUUCAGCAGGAGCAGGAGUUUGCAAAAUGGUGGGAAGAAGAAUCCCGGCGUGUGCAACAAGAAAUGCGUGGACCCAAAACAUCACCCACUCCAAAUGGUAAUGGCCAAAAACACAAUCGAGGCCGUAGGCCUCGCAAUGGCAAGAAAAGUAAACCAGUGUAA